AUGUACCGGAAACUAACAAAGAAACCCACAGGCUUGCUGUCGUCAAUUUGGAUUGGGGUCAAGUGGCGGUACUAUUAUGCUGUAGUGGAAUGUGAUUCUAGUGCUACAGCAGAUUACCUAUAUAAAAGAUGUGACGGGCUUGAGUUUGAAGGAUCAUCAAACAAGCUGGACUUGAGGUUUAUUCCAGAUUCUAUGGAGUUUAAGCAUCCUCCCCAUGAUGUUGUAACAGAGGUAAGUUCCAUUGCAUUUUCAUCAUCAUGA